GAAGGGUUGGAGACGAUCAUGACCGUAAUGAUGGUCAAACCGUGAUUAGGAGCACAGACGCUAAACCAUGCUGCUAAAACCUCCCAUAUUUAGCAUCUCCGCGAGAUUAUUCUGCAUGUAAGACUGCCCGUUGGGGCAAAACAACAGAAGAUAGUCGACUGUUUCCCGUCUAAACUGCAGCAGCUGGGUGACAAGGCUACAUGGUGUGUGUUUCCUGCCCAGAGAGUGGAUGUGUGGUCGUCCAGGGAUGGAGAACUAUGAGGAGUUCUGUAUGCGGAGUUUGGCCAUGCUGCAGGAGGGGAAACUCAAGAAGAAGACAUGUGAGCCGCUUUGUUCCCUGAAAACAUGCUCUGUCAUCCGCUUUCAUGGGAGACCUAUACUUUUGCCUUUGCUGCUUGCAGAGCAGCACACAGAUAUACGUGGCUACAGACAGAGGGCGAUCCAGCUGGAGCAGAACAGAGAGAACCUGCAGAGAAACAAGCUUAUGGCCCGAGUUCAAGUCAUUCUGGACCAAGUACAGGUGCAAGACGUGCCACUUGAGAAAAACAUAAAGCCCCCAGUUUGUAAAUCUGCGACUGUCAGUGGCUACACUUUGGUCACUGACUCACCUGGGCUUCCCAAAGUUCCUGAAUUUAGGUCAAACGUAGUAGAGCCACCUUCUCAUUCUAGCUCUGAGACUCCCAUUGUUAAUGGAUAUGAAGAAGAGAAGGAGUUAAAGGUUGAGAAUGAAGAGAGAAGUGAAGAGGAAGAGGAGGAUGAUGAGGACAUAAGCUUGGACAGCCUCCUUAAGAGAUCAAGGGAGUACGUGCAACGGGAGCAGAAUCAGCAGAGAUCAUCAGAGAUGGUUGACCCGAUCAGCAAGGCUCCCCCAGCAGAGAGUGUUUCUCUCAAACAGCAACAGAAGUGUAGCCCCAUCAGGGACUCAGGUGUUGAGUUUGGAUUCAGUCUGCACCACAGCCCAGUUGGCCUAUCGCCAAUGCAGCAGCAGCCUCUGUAUGACCCCAGCCCCCAAAAGUCUGUCCCCCUCUCACCUGUCAAACCAGAGCGAUAUGCUCACCUCCCUAGUCCGGAGUCCAGCGUUAGCCCCCGUCCUUGUAGGCGCAAACCACGGCCAGUUUCUACAGGGAACAUCCACAUUUCGUUUCCUAUUGGUCCUGCAGACCUAAUCGCUCGAAGCCCGGGCAGGUUAGAGGAUUGCGCUGGACGGGUGGACUGGUCAGAGACUCUCUCGGCUGGUUCCAUCUGCAACUGGGGCAUAGAGGGGAGGGAUAGCGACCGUCGGUCCAGUCACUGUGGUACCAGUCCAGUGCAAGAGAACAACAGCCCUGUGAGUUCCUCUGUACCCAGCGCCAUGACACACCACGAUCAUCUGUCUUUAGGAUUUCGCCGGCGCUGCCACACACUGGACAGCCAGCUGAAUACCUUCCAGUCUGGAGCUGAGCAGGUUGACCGGAGCCAGGAAAGGCUCCCUCGCUUCAUGGCAGGUGUUACAUGGCUUGCUCCAAGUAGACGCACCCCUGCUGCCCCUUUAAACCAAUCAUACAAGGUAGAAAGCCCUUCUCCGUGUCUGCUGAGGCCCCGUGGGAGUCCAGAUGAGUCCCCGGUGCCGAACAACAGCAAGAAAACACCAGUUGUCCUGAGAAAUACUACUGAGUUACAAGUCAUGUCAGAGGAGACGCAAUGGCGAGCCCAGGCUCUGGAAGAUAUGCAAAGGCGUUUAGAGGAGGAACAUGCCCUGCAGAUGUCCAUCCUUCUAGCUGAGCAGGAAAAGGAGCAACAGCGCCUCCAUCUGGAGCUUGAGGAGACAGAGAGAAGACUGAAGAAGCACGAGUGUGAGAGGCCAAGAAGUGGGGACACAUUUGACUGGAGCCAUAGGCCUGUCAGUGGCAGCUGUCCCAUUAUGAGCCCCUCCUGUCCUGGACUGAGCCCCAUUCACACAUCCGAGCGACUGUCUGGGCACACGUUCGGUUUUCCCAGUGCGGUUCCUACUAGUGUGAUGACUCCCCCUGUCCAGCCUGCUGCUUAUCUGUGGGGCUCUUCACGGACAGCAAACAAAUCCCGAGCGAGGCUAAGUCUGGUUCUAACAGCAGAGCAUCAGAAGGCUUUUGGUCAAAUUGGUGCCAUGAUUCGUGGCUUCCUCAUACGCAGGCUGCUCAAAACAGAGAAGCUGAAACACCUGUGCCAAACCGUUGUGGAUACGCAAGAAUUCAUUCAAUCAUUUGAAACUGAAGCUGCACAGAAGAAAGGACCCUACACAGCACAAGAUCUCUCCCUGCAGGAGAGAGUCAGAGCCCAGCUACGUGCAGCCCAGUAUGACAUCCAUGAGAUCUUCUUUGAAAUACCUUUGAGGGACCGACUGGCCCUUCUGCAGCAGGACAGGGAGCUGCGUGCAGAGAGGAAGCUUCGAGAUCUGGAGAAAGCCAAGACCCCCAAAGACAGAGUGUCUCUCUCUGCUGCUACACAGAGGUCUCUGGACAGGAAGAAGAAGGUCAGUGAAUCGCCAGCAGCGGCCAGGAAGGCGCAGCAUAAGCCAAAAAGCCCAACCACCAACAGAGUUCAGAAGCCAAGUCAGGGCCAGACCUCCUCUACUCCAGGCCAGCUGAACCGCCAGGGGAGCUGGUACAGAAAGACUCCAGAAGAGAGAGUGAGGCGCUUGGACACCAUGAAGAAGCAGCACUCUUUGGGUUAACAAACACAUUAAUGCCUGAUGAUCUGCUAACUUGAAUUUUUAAGAUAUUUUAUGAGAUAUCCUGUACAAGUGAAGCCACUACUGUCAGCGCUGCUAAAUUCCACUCCCAUCUGUGUUCACCAUCUCACUGUAAUGCCCACUUGUAAUACAAUCUUAUUGU